AUGCAUGUGUUACAUUCGUGGAUGAUCACAUGUAAAAAUCUCGCAGAAGGCGUCCUACCAUCCUGCAAGAUCCACCCGGGGUUCUCUUCUCACAGAUAUCAAGCUCUUAAUCUCAUGGCGACAGCAACAAUGGCAACAGCAGCGGGUGCAGCUGCUCUGUUAUAUUAUACUUUAAACAAAAAACUACAAUCAGGCACAACACCCGAUGACGAAGAAGAAAGUGAUAGCCUUGUACAGAGUCAUGGUUCUUCAGGAGUUGAACGAGUAUCCAGUAGACUAAUCCAGGCUCCUGCAACAUGGCUGGAAACCAUUUCAACUCUCUCAGAAACUCUUCGAUUUACCUAUUCAGAAACUUUAGGUAAAUGGCCAAUUGGAGAUUUAGCUUUCGGCAUCAGCUAUUUGUUGAAACGACAGGGGAAUUUGCAUGUCAGUAGUGUAUAUGGAGGUGAAGAAAGCCUGCAACUUACAGGGCCUGAAAUAGUUUCUGAGCUUAAAUAUCUCUUAGACUUGUUGACUCUUUGCUGGCAUUUCUCCAAAAAAACAUUUCCCAUGUUUCUAGAGGAGACAGGCUUUUCACCUGAAGAUGUUCUUAUUCAGGAACCCAAAGCUGGAAUUUUGAAGCCGGCUUUUACAAUAUUAAUAAACCACAAGACAAAAACAUUCCUUCUAUUGAUUCGUGGGACCCACAGCAUCAAGGACACUCUAACAGCUGCAACAGGGGCAGUUGUGCCAUUUCAUCAUACAGUUGUGCAUGAAGGUGGAGUUACUAAUUUGGUAUUAGGUUAUGCUCAUUGUGGAAUGGUUGCAGCUGCUCGAUGGAUUGCAAAGCUUGCAACUCCUCUUCUUCUUAAAGCAUUCCAAGAUUACCCUGAUUAUAAGCUUCAGAUUGUUGGACAUUCUUUGGGUGGUGGAACUGCUGCACUUUUAACUUAUGUCCUAAGGGAACAAAAAGAACUCUCUGCAACUACCUGUGUCACAUUUGCUCCAGGUGCUUGUAUGACAUGGGAGUUGGCAGAUUCAGGGAAUGAAUUCAUUACAUCUGUAAUAAACGGAGCUGAUCUUGUCCCCACAUUCUCAGCUGCUUCAGUGGAUGAUUUACGGGCAGAGGUUACAGCAUCAGCAUGGCUGAAUGAUUUAAGAACUCAAAUUGAACAUACAAGAAUUCUUAGAACAUUUUACCGGUCAGCAUCCGCUUUAGGCUCCCGGCUUCCAUCAAUGGCAACCGCCAGAGCAAAAGUCGCCGGAGCCGGCGAAAUGCUCCGGCCAGUUUCCAGUGGCACACAGGUGGUGAUGAGGCGAGCACAAAGCAUGGCUCAGGCGGCAUCAGCAUGGUCCCGCCCGACUCUCGACAUCUCAUCAUGGUCAUGCAUGGGCCCUCGCCGGAGACCGGCGGCAGCCGCCAACAUGAUGUUGCCAGAGCAGCCGUCUUCCACCACCGAAACGACAGCUCGAGCCCUCGAACUCCCCGUGUCUUCAUCGGACGAAACAAACGUAUCGGGCUCACGUUCUGCUGACGUGGCAGGCACCCAUGAAGACCGAAUGACUGAGUUUGAACUAUGGGAACAGCUUGAACACGAGCUGUAUGAGCACAGUGAAGGGGAGGAAGCUGACGUGGCGAAGGAGAUGAGGGAGGAGGAGGAGGCGGCAAAGGUGUUGCCGGAGAACAGUGUGGCGGAUACGAAGGAGGCGCAUAGGUUUUUUCCGGCGGGGAAGAUCAUGCAUAUAGUGACGACGGCUCCUCAGGUUGUGGAGGAGAGAGAAAGUAAUGACACGUCAUCAUCAAGUGAUACACAUGAUGAUGAUGAUGAUGAUGAUGAUGAGGUGGUGGAAGAUAAAGUGGGGAUAUAUUUGGCGCCAAGGUCGUUGUAUAGUAAAAUUAGAUUGUCACAUAGUAUGAUAACUGAUCAUUUUAUGCCGGUUUAUAGAAGACAGAUGGAGAAGUUAAUACGGGAGCUUGAGAAAGAUAAGGUGUCGUUGAAAAGUCAAAGUAGUUCUGAAGAAAUUGAAGUAGUGUUAUAG